AGACGAUCUUCGCCAAUCAGGUACCCGAGAGCGCGGUCACACCUUCGUCGUCACCAGGCACCGAGUAAUCAGAUGAAACUCAAGAAAUUUCCACGCAUUCCGUUUCUUGGAGGCGCCCCGACAACACGCAGCAGCCAUGACCACUUACACUGACAAGGGUGUCAAGCCAGACGCUGGGAAAUUUUUGUGCUUUGAUCACAUCAAGUUUUGGGUUGGAAAUGCCAAGCAAGCUGCUUCAUUCUAUUGUGCCCGCAUGGGAUUUGAGCCUCUCGCCUACAAAGGACUAGAAACUGGGGAACGCCGGACCGCGAGCCAUGCUGUCAUUCAAAAUAAGAUCAUCUUUGUCUUUGAAUCAGCAUACCUGCCCAAUGACGAAGAAAUGGGAGCUCAUCUGAUGAAACACGGGGAUGCUGCGAAAGACGUUUCGUUCACUGUUGAAGACCUUGACUCCAUCGUCAAGAUGGCAAAACAGCGAGGUGCGAAAAUCGUUAAAGACAUUUGGGAAGAAAAGGAUGAAUUCGGGGUCGUUCGAUUUGCCACUGUGCAGACGUAUGGUGACACCACGCACACGCUAAUUGACCGAUCAAACUACCGAGGCCUCUUUUUGCCCAAUUUCAAGAAACCCUUGCAGGAAGAUGUCCUCUGUGGAAAAUUGCCCGCGGGAAAAUUGGAUUUCAUUGAUCACGUUGUGGGAAACCAGCCAGACUUGCAAAUGGAGCCCAGCGCUAAAUGGUACGAGCAAAACCUGCUGUUCCACCGCUUCUGGUCCGUUGACGACUCGCAGCUGCACACCGAAUUCUCUGCCCUUCGAUCAAUUGUCAUGGCAAACUGGGAGGAAACCAUCAAAAUGCCAAUCAACGAGCCUGCGCCUGGCAAAAGGAAAAGCCAAAUCCAGGAAUACGUCGAUUACAAUGGUGGAGCAGGAGUGCAGCAUAUCGCCCUUAACACGCAGGAUAUUAUCACAGCUAUCAGGAACCUGCGUUCUCGCGGAAUGGACUUCCUCUCAGUGCCGAAAACCUACUACAAAACCCUGCGCGAGAAUUUGAAAAACAGCAAAGUUAAAGUCGUUGAAGAUUUGGAUGUGCUUGAGGAAUUGAACAUUUUGAUUGACUACGAUGAAAAUGGCUAUUUGCUGCAAAUCUUUACCAAAAACAUGCAGGACAGGCCAACUCUUUUCAUGGAAGUUAUCCAGAGACGCAAUCACAAUGGAUUUGGAGCAGGCAACUUUAAAGCCCUGUUUGAAGCUAUUGAACUUGACCAAGCUCAAAGAGGUAACCUCUAAUGUCACAUAGCAUUACAACGUCUGACUAUUUUCUAUAUUUUCAUAUAUGGCUUCAAUUUGCUACAUUUUAUGGUGUUUUAUUAUGGUAUAUGUAUUUUUUAAAUAUUGAUUAAAUCGGUAAAUUUCAAUGUG